AUCACCGACGAUGAGCUUGAGGAUAGUUUGGACUUCUCCCAGAGCCCAGAUCCAUAUAAAACCCUUCCAACUGCUCUUUUUCGUAGCUCGAUGUUGCGGGCGAUACCUUCUCGUCUCGGUCAGUCCGAUGACGUCGUACUUCAUCUUCCUAGCUUGCAUCAUCAAGUCUUCUAUUUACGCUUCCGAUGCAACGUCCGUGCGUUGAAAAGAUGUGGCUUGUGGCUUUACUUUUACCUACUUCCAGGAAAUGAUAAUGGUAAUCAUGAGUGGCAAGGAGUAGUGAUUGACGCGAAGACUCUCAUUCUUGAUUGGGAUAAACGUAACAUAGAGAAGGUGCUACACCUCUCCAAAGUAGAUGAGCUCCAUCGAUGUCCAAACUCUAGAAGAACUUAG